AUGGUUGUAGACGUCGUGGCAGAGAGAUUGAAGGAAGGGCGAAGCUUGGUGCCUGGUGCAGACGUCAGUGCCUGCGAGAUGCAUGAGGUGCGGGUGCUUGCAGCCGCCGUGUUUCGCGGAGUCGGAGCCGUAGGCGGCGGCGAGUGCUGCGGUCAGUUCAAAGGGUCGGUCAUACAGGCGAAGGGAGAGAUCAGUGGCGGAUGCCUCGAGCGCCGUUUGGAGGCCGUUCUUAGCCGCAAUAUUGCCGUCGUGCCAGUCGUUGACGAGUGA